GACCAGCGGCGGCGAAUGGAAGAGGUCCCGAAAAGCGCUGCUUCGAAGACCGUUCGUUUGCCGACUGACAGUUUUCAGGUAGCCGACAUCAGUCAGCCACAGCUCGGCGUCUGUCGGUGAUGCCGUGCGGCUGUAGUUGCGGCGGUCGCCGCUGGGUGGCGGGCCCAUCGGCGGAAGUCGGCAUUUCCGGCCUGCCCGUGGUGCUGAGUCCGUCGGCCCACUGGCUGCGCCGGCUGAUCUGGGCGAUCGCCCUGGCCACAGCGCUGUUCUGGCUGGUACUGCAAGUGAGGCUGAGUGUACUGCGUCUGCAGCAUCAGUCUGUGUCGACCACCGCCCGCAGCAGCACCCAACUGGAGCUGCCGUUCCCUGCUGUCACCGUCUGCGCCGGAGAGAGACUGAACGUCGACAGGGUGCUCAACCUGACGCAGCCGGGCACCACCGUCGAGCAGUGGCGCAGCAUCAAACACAUGAGCCGCUACAAACUGAUCCGCUGGCGCCAGUUCAACUUUGACGAGUUCUUCUCGCAGACCUCUCACAACUGGUCGGAGUUGGUGAAAAGCUGCGAGUAUCAGGGCGAUGCUUGCGAGUCUGUCGGAGAUGUAACCCGUUCGGUCACAAGCCAGCAAGGCACCUGUUACACCCUGCACCAGAAAACGCCUGCGACGGGUACCUGGACGAAGCCUCAGCUUACCAUCGACCUCCAGCUGCCUCCCGCCUCAAGCACCUCCAGUGAGCAGUACUGGCAGGUGUUUCUCCACCCAGAGUCGCUUCACUUCGACGACGCUCGCAUGCUCGUCAAGAGCUCCCUGAGUCUCGUCCAGGUGGUUCCAGGUACCGUGUCCUACGUUCGCGUGCACCGUCGCUCUCAUACCUACAUCUCCACGGCUGAGGAGCCCUGUUCGGACAAUGUCACAGCCGAAGAGAAUGCCGAUUGCGUGAUGGAUUGCAUCAUACAGGAUCAGGGACUGACUGCCGAGUUGGAACAAUCGGGAAAUGACACCUUGGCCGACGAAGACAUCGACGACAGCGAGAUUGCCAACUGCACUCUCCCCUGGGAGAUUUCUAACGAUAGGCGACCUUGCAGAUCCUACUCGGCUCUGAGGUCGGCCCUGAAGUCCUCUCCAGACCUUAGUCAGUUCACCGAAUAUGAGGUAAUGGCCGCCUACUUUUUGUGCAGCUGUCCGUUCCAAUGCACGGAGAUCUCGUAUCCGAUCCAGGUGCCGGAGAAGAUGGCCCUGGAGGACUCCGUGGACAGCCGCCGCUCGGCCAGAGUCGCGCUGUGGCUCUCCAUGCAGCAGGAGGUGCUGGAGGACAAGUGGAGCUUCACGUUCUCACAGCUGGUGGCAGAGAGUGGCGGCAACAUGGGCAUCUUCCUGGGCGCAUCGCUGCUGUCACUGCUGGAGCUGCUGGAUUGUUUCAUCUUCUGGAUGUUACGGCGGGUGGGCGCUAGAGGCCCGGCUGACGCGAACCCGGCUCAAGCCAAACCGUCUCAAACCAGCGUCAACAUUGCGGUCGGAUACCAGGGAAAAGUGGAGGGCAUCCGCCGCCAGUCCUGGGGUGGACUGAAAUGAAUUGUUCCUGAAAAGGGCGUUUGCCUUGAUUUCGCUUUUAUUGUUCCCACCGACUUAUGCCGGCGCCAUGGUACUGCGUAGGUAUAAGUAACUAAUGAAAUGAUACAUAGGGCACAGGCACAUUUAUUUACAAGGCGCAGGCACAUUUAUUUUCAACGUUCAUUUACCAAUUGAACGUUUUCUCAGCAUCGACUGAAUCUUCUCUGAUGUCUAUCUCAGCACUACACAUGGAACGCCGUGAACAAGUGAAUGUCACCAGGCAGACCUUGUGGAACCAUCGCUGUACCAGCGCCGAACAUUGGAUGGCUUUUUUUGUGGUUUUUAUCAGUGCUAACUGCUAGCUAGCUAUAAGUGGGUGGCACGGAAUCGUAAUCGUACUAUACGGGUAAGAUCGAUUCAGGCUGCAUAUCUUCGACGAGUCUAUGUGAAACGUUUGCCUGUAUCCUAGUAAGUCAACCAGUUGUUCAAAAAUGUAUGUUUACCUUUACUUGACCAUCUUAGGUAUAAAUAACGUCAUCUGUCCUUAUAAAUGUUGUAAGUCACUCUCUUUAAAUGCCGACUCUAAUUCUAUUUAAUAAAGUCUUAUGCU